AUGGGUCUAACUUAUAAAAUUUUUUUUGGGAAAAAAAAAUAUAUAAAAUUUAUAUUAAAUAUCUAUGAUUUUUUAUAUAAAAAUUUCAAUAAAGGGUUAAUAAUAAAAAAGUCAAAUGAUGGCAGCAUAAAGAGAAAGCGCCUAAAUUCAUGCGAAAAAAUAACUAUUGCUAACUCCCCCACUCCGUGAGCGAACAAAACCAUUAGAAAAGUCCCUCACUCUUCGUGAGCAAACAAAAAUUUUUUUAAUAGAAAAAUUUUUUUAUGGAAAAAAGUUUGAUAUAUAAGCGAUAAUUAUUAUAAUGAAAUCUUUGCCUAA